ACCAGCCAUAAAACACUGGCGAGAUGAGGAAAGACAUAAACAACAGAGGAUAAACAAAAGAAGCUUGGAAAAGGGAGGAGGAAAAGAGAGAGUGAAACAGGGGGUAGAUAAAGACCAUGAGCUCUGCGCCACCGUAUGACUCCCUGCCAGCUCGGCCAAGCCCCUGUCGUGCAAAGGAGUGGGAAAGAGAGCUGCACGGUGCUCGACGACUCUCCUCGCCACUACAGCCAGCUCUGCCAACGCUGCCUUCAGUCUCUCGACGGCCCUCUGCACUCCCUGGAUAUCUGCUCUCACCCUCCCAAGAGUACAUUGACCAACAGCAACGACUUUCGUUGUCGUUGUGCUCGGAGGCUUCGCUGGCACCCCCUGUUCCUGCAGUGGGUGCUGCUCCACCGUGCUGCCGGGUGGUGGGAGUCAUGCCCUUACUGCGUCUUGCACUCCUGAUUUUCAGCUUCCUCUUUUGGGCAGCAGGGCUUGCAAUCUUCACCCUUGGGGUAUGGGCACAAGCUUCGUUAGCCGACUAUAUGCUACUGUCAGCUAACCGCUACCCCAAUGCACCCUUCAUCUUGUUAGGCACAGGGGCUGCUGUGACCGUCUGGGGCUUUUUAGGAUGCUUGGGCGUUGCUGCCAACCUGCCGAUCCUCCUGCGGGCUUAUGGCUUCUUCCAGUUGGCUACACUAUUGGGUGGUCUGGCUGCAGGUCUCUCAGGGCUCUUCUACAGGGAGGAAAUUGCUGAAGGGUUCCAUAGUGGCCUGCAGAAAGCUGUAUUGGACUAUGGAGAAGAUGAGGGCUGUGCUGAUGCACUGGACAGCCUUCAGAGGGCACUAGAGUGCUGUGGUGCUGAGGGUUGGCGAGACUGGCUGAUGUCUGAUUGGGCCAUUCAAGAUGCUGUUUACUUAAUGGGAAGUUCUGUAAAUUACUCCUUUGCCGUUUCGUUACCAGAUAGUUGCUGUAUAAGGCGCAAAGGCUGCCGCAACAGACCGUUGCCGGAGAACGAACGUGGGAACAUCGAGCCAGCAGGGAUUCACACCCACGGUUGUUUCCGCAAAGUCUUCAGCUUUGUCAAUGAGAACGUCUUCCACAUUGCUGCAACAGUUUUAGGUCUUGCUUUCACCCAGGUGGCAGGUAUUGCCCUUGCAUGUCUGCUUGCCAAUCGUCUUGCACCUAGGCCACGAAGACGAGCUCACUGA